UCGGCCUCUCGCCUCUUCUUUUCGAAGUCAGCCUCGUUCUCCUCCGAAGGUAUGUAAUCGUAUAUUAGGAAACUUAUAUCGAGUGAUGCUGAUCGGUUAUAGCGGACAGGCAGGCCGGACAGGGCCCGGGAACUCUCGACUCCCGGGCCAUUUACGGUUCACACUCCAUUUCUUUCGCUUUCCCGUCAUAAUUUCCAUCGUGUUGGUUUUGGUUGGAGGUUUGCUUGAUAUCCUUGCCUGUGAAAUUGUGGGAACGGUGGUCUUUGUUCUUACAUUCCUGCUCGUAUGGUGUAUCUUGCUUGGAAUGGCAGGGAGAUCGUGCAGGGUCCUCUCCGCGGCGGGAUAUAGGACUGUGCUCUUAGUUUUGGUGUCGCUGCCGUUUCUGACGGUGAGAGCGGUCUAUUUUCUGCUCUUGGAGCAUGGAUCACGUAUGUUUGGUGCCAUUACCGGCGACGUCGAUGUCAUGAUUGGGAUGGGGCUGCUGAUGGAAGUUAUUGUCUCCACUUUGUUGAUAGCCGCUCGCAUGGUUGCAGAGCCCUUGUGGUCCCCACUUCCUGAGACGUCCUUGUGUUAAAGGUAGUUCGCGACGCGUUGAAGGAGGAGCUAGUGAUGAGAA